UUAUGAAGUUAUUAUUCGAAUUUCAUAUCAACCUAGUUCUUGUUCAAUAUCAAUUUCUUUUUAAGAGAUCGACGGUGUACAAAUGGCCGCUUGUAAUGUUUCACUUUCAACUCUGCAAAAGGUCUCUAAUUGUCCAAGAACAGAAAAGGAAGUAAAAGAGGCAAAACUAAGAAAAGACUGUGAAAGCCUUGCUGAAGUUCAAAACUGUUCUCCCCCCGGAAAUUUCUCAUAUCAUUGUGUUAUUAAUUUUUGGGCAAAUGAGACCUACGAGGUAUGUGCUCCUUCAAUCUAUUCCCAAGGGCGCUGUCUGGAGUUUAAUCAAUAUGGAAAAGUAAUACAAGAGCUUGACAUAAACUGUGCAGAUAAGGGAUGCCCAAAGCGAUUCAGAAGUGAAGAUAUUCUGUCAUGUACAAGAAAUGCUGUCUGUGGCAGUUUGGUAACCGGGAGAAAAUCUAAGGCAUGUCUUAAUAGAGAUUGGAAUACGAAAACUAUUUCCUUCCUAGUAUUAUCUGGAGUGCUAUUUUUUCUACUUGCAAUGGUGUCGAUUUUUCUUUGUAGAAAAGAGAGGAAGGACAAGGCCGAUAUGAAAGAUUUGACUGGAGAGGAAUUGACCAAUGAUGCAAUCGAUAAAAUCACUGUAGAUUACGAAUCAAGAAAACAAAGAAAGAAAACGGUUGGAAAUCCUAAUCGCACAAGUCGUUUAGAAAAUUCUAUUGAAGAAUUCGGUACUUCAAGGACCUGGAAUGUAUCUCAGGCACAGCUGUCCGAAAACGCAAAGCGGUUGACUAUUUCUGAUAGUCAUGUGUCAAUAAAACAAGGUUUCGACUCGAAAACCUUUAUUUUCUUCUUGAAAAGACACAAUCUUCAGGAUUGUAGAGAGAUCUUGAACACAAAUAAAAUCGACUGCCUUCAGACAUUCUUUGAAUUAGAUAAAGACAAAUUACAAUCAUUUGGACCUGAGUAUGGACAAGUGCUUAAAUGCAUAAAGGCAAAGAAGUCAAUACUGAAAGAAACUUAAGUGAAAAUGUUUCCAAUUGUAAUCAAGUUGCUGAUUU